AUGCCGCCGCCCGACGCCGUUCGUCGCCGCCCGGAGCACGACCUCGCCGGACGCCAUCGCCGGCCUGCUUCCUCUAUGCGCGACGUCCCCGACCUCCACCUUGCCCCCCGUUGCCCGAAUCCCUACCGGCCCCGUGAGCUUCCCCCUCACUACUCUCUGCUGCCGUGUCGCGCGCACGCUCCGCCGUGGCCGUGCCCAUUCCCCUUCCCCCCCGCCGCGGUGUACGCCGCUGCUGCUCCGCGGCCGUGCGCCGUCUGCCGCGGCAGCCUCUCCGCUACCCGCCCGCACCUGCUCACCCGCCUGCGCGCUUCGCCGUGCUCGCCCACCGUCCCGUGCGCGCCGUCCAGAGCAUCACCACGGCCACCACACCGCACCGCCUCGCCCUCCGCUCGCCCGCCCGCUGCCGUGCUUCGGCACCCCGGAGCCCCUCUGCCCCCCUUAAUACAUCGGCAUGCGCCGCGCACGCGCUCGACGCGUCGGGCUAGCGCCCCGGUCGCCUGCCUCCUUGCCCUGCUGUCCGCGCACGCCUGCCUCCGCCCCCACCAUCGCGUCCGCCUGCUGUGGCCUCCCCUGCCUCCUAAAGCUGCUCAUCGGCCGGCGUUCUUCGCCGCCCCCAACAGCUCCGCCUUCCCCCACUUCGCCCCUGGCGCUUGCGCCGUCGCCCCGCCGGCGUCUCGCUGCGCCGUGCCCCGCGGCUAG